AAAUGAAGUCUCCAAGAACAACCCGAAUUGAAUCAUCCGUGCCCACGAAAGUAUGAUCUUAAACUUCAACAACAAUAUAUCAAUAAAACAGGUGGAAGUAAAUGACCAAUCUAGUGUAUGUGUGAUGCGGACGGAGCUAACAACCGGUCGGCACUUCCUUAUCGUAUCAUCGCCCUUAAAGAUUUUAUGAACAUGCCCGUUCUAGGAACACCAAAUAAUUCGGUCGCUCCAUCUGUUGAUACCGUUUAUUCACAAAUCAUUUUCGAACGCUCAUCCGGCGAACAAUACUUAGAAGGGCUAUGGCUUUUUGGUCGAGUCGUAGAUGUGCUGCGAUCUGGGCAAAAUUGGAAGCGCACAGUAGUCUUCGAGUAUGUUGAGUGUUCAAGCGUUUGUCGUGUGAUAUGUUCGAAAACAUGGCAUCAGGAGACCUCAAUCCCCGAAAAGGCACACAUCUGUGAGAUGUAGAAAUCUGUCGGAGCUUCUCGUUCAUAAUAUGAGCGUCACUUCGCCAAAAAAAAAACCUAUUCACGCACUAGAUGGGUGCCGACAUAUAUAAAGCCAUAAAGGGGAAAUUCAAACCUGAGAUCGCGUCCUAUUCCAGUGACGCUUAGUACGGGGUAAACUCAGGGACACAAGCUUCCGGUAUCAACUUACGGAGCUUUAUUAGAGGUGUUAAAACAUCUCCGGGACCCGCACCAAGGCAGACCAAGUCUAGUGCUGGAGGGGUAUGUAGUGCGUGUUGGCUUCAUUGUUGGUUGUAUCAGAACAACAAUAUGGGUCUGGCUUGUCAUCUGCUACAACAUGGAUUAGAUGUUAUGUCAUGAAAUCACUCAGCGGAUCAC